AUGGCAAGAACUAAGCAAACGGCAAGAAAAUCAACUGGAGGGAAGGCACCACGUAAGCAAUUAGCUACAAAAGCUGCUCGUAAGAGUACUACUGCUGGGACUGUAGCAGUGAAGAGACCCCAUCGAUUUAAGGCAGGUACUGUAGCUCUAAGGGAGAUUAGGAAGUACCAGAAGACGACUGACUUGCUUAUUAGGAAGCUUCCUUUCCAGAGACUAGUAAGGGAAGUGGCUUCUGAGUACAAGGCUGAUGUACGUUUCCAGUCUUCUUCAAUUCUGGCUAUUCAGGAGAGUUUGGAGAACUACUUGACUGGAUUAUUUGAAGACAGCAACCGGUGUGCCAUUCAUGCCAAGAGAGUUACAUUGAUGGCCCGGGACUUACACUUAGUGAAUAAGAUCAAAUCCGCGAUCGUAGCAUAA